UGUUCUGCUGGAGCUGUGAAAUCGCGCUGAUGGUCUGUCACAUUAUUUCUCACUGACACCGUCUGAGCGCAGGAGCACCACGGCAAAAGAUCAGCUCAAAAACACUUCAUAACACACAGCUGCGGUGUUUUCAUCUGCAAGUGUUUUUCCGGCUUGGAAUCGGAGAGGAGGAAGACAGAGAGGCGGGAUAACAUAAGCCGGAAGGAAAUGCCAAUCGCCGCUACUGGUCAUUCAGCGUCUCGAGAGCCCCGCGUCUGUUCCCCGGAUCCCGUCCCUAAGCGCGCUGAUUUAUGCGAGGACGCAGGGGCGCGGGAAGCGGAAUACGUGGGUCCGGAGGGGGGCCACAGCCUGGGCGGCGCUAGACUCUCCGGAGCGCUUGAGAAUUCUUCCGCGGCUUCUCAUUCCCCUCCCGCGUCCUCUUUCCACCACCACCAUCAUACGGUGACUAUGGAGCCCCCCAGGACUCGAUCGCGCUCACGGUCUGGAUUUUACCAUGCUGGAUUAUCGAACGCGAACGCCAGCGGGGGUGGCGCUCUGAGUCCCGCUGGAGGAGUAAGCCACCAUCAUUACCACCAACAGCAGCAGCAGCAGCUCGGAGCUGCUUACGGACACACAGAAAACCUGCGGCCACCCGGGAGUGUGCUCUCCCCAGGAAGCCACAGACAUGCAGGGCCUGGAACGCACAGAAACUCUGGAGCAGGUGCAAUGGGAGGAGUAUACCACUAUAAAUCAGAGCAUGCUUAUGCAGAUGCCACUGACAAGACGGAGGACUCUCCCAGUCCAAAGAGACAGCGGCUUUCCCAGCAGUCUGUACUGGAGUUUAACUCGGCCCAACCUUCCACACCCUCACCACCAAUCAGACCAUGGGAGCUUCCACCCAGUCGCAGGCCACACCCCUAUCCCCACCCACACUACCACCCAGAACGUUGCAACACACCUGCACGGCACAGACGCAGUCCUCCAGUGCGGCGUCAGCGUGGCCGACGGGAGCGUUUAUCUCGACACCACCCCCCUCAUGUUUCCCCGGGUGGGGGGCAGGACGAAAACUACCGCCACCCUCCUCACCCACAUUCUCUUCAUCCCUACGGCCAGCCACCAUCUCACCCUCCACCCGGCCUUGAUGAGCCCCGGGCCUUUCACCCCCCUACACUCUCGCCACGGUUAUUGCAUCCUCCGCAGCAAGGCGCCAUGGUGAUGGACCUCCAUGAACAGCUCCCUCAGGGUACAGUGCCGGUAUCAUACACUGUAUCUCCAGUGCCACCCCACGGUCUGCCCGCUCCCCUCUGCACAGGACAGCAUCUCCCAGCAUGCUCCUCUCAGCAGCAGGUGCCUCCCUGUUCUGUGGUCUUCAGUGGACAACAACACUAUCCAAUCUGUAGCGUACCGCCUCCAUUGUCUUUUCUGCAGAUGUUGCCGGCGUGUUCGGUGCAGCAUUUGCCUGUGCCGUUCGCGUUUCCCUCUCUUCUCUCCAGUGAUCCACCCUUCCUGCUUCAUCCUCCUCAUCUCUCACACCAUCCGCCCCACCUCCCCCCACCUGGACAGUUCUUACCCUUCCAGACACAACAAUCUCGAUCUCCACUGCAGAGGAUAGAGAAUGAGGUGGAGUUGUUGGGUGAUCACCUGUCUGUAGGUGGAGGGUUUAACUACCCUCACUCGGGGCAUCCCAGCCCUCUGCCCCCUUCCACCCCACUGCAGUUCCUCUCCCAUGAACCCCUGCACCAGGAGCUCUUCGGAGUGCCAUAUCCCCACUUCAUGCCUCGAAGAAUCACAGGCCGACGCUUUCGCUCUCAGCAGGCAGUACCUCCACCUCCUUACCACCCAAGUCUGCUGCCCUACUUCCUAUCUGUUCUUCCAGUCCAGCCAACAGCAGUAGGUCCAGCCAUUAGCCUGGAGCUGGAUGUAGAUGAUGGAGAGGUUGAGAAUUACGAGGCUCUGUUAAACCUUGCUGAGCGUCUUGGAGAAGCGAAGCCUAGAGGUUUGACCAAAGCCGAUAUCGAACAGCUGCCUUCCUACAGAUUCAACCCAAGCAACCAUCAGUCUGAGCAGACUCUGUGCGUGGUGUGCAUGUGUGAUUUUGAGUCUCGUCAGCUUUUGAGAGUACUGCCCUGUAAUCAUGAAUUCCAUGCCAAGUGUGUCGACAAAUGGCUCAAGGGAAACAGAACCUGUCCUAUUUGCCGAGCAGAUGCCUCUGAAGUCCAACGGGAUUCCGAGUGACACCAUUCACAGAACACACACACACACACAUACAUGCACACCACUGUACACUUCUCUUUCUUUGUUACAUUUAAAUUAACUUCCACGUGCAUAAUUACUACUUGCACACAAAUACUGCUGCAAACAAUUCAUAAAAACUUUAUGCAUCAAAAUAAUUUAUUUGAUAUCUAUAGAAAAACACACGUGUCCUUUUGGUUGUUUGAUCACUAAUUCUUUGAGUGGAAGUCCAAAGAUUCUGGUUCAUAUUAUCUGGUUCUGUUUUUUUUGUUUUUUUACACGUGUGUGUGUGUGUGUGUGUGUGUGUGUGUGUGUGUGUAGUUUAGUUCUCUUUGAGGGUGGUCUUGUGCGAGUGAGUGAGUGAGUGAGUGCACUAACAUUCCCAGCUAUGUGAGCACACUUCGAUGUGGUGGUCUUUACGAAGGUUAAUGUUGUGAGCAUGGGCUUUUAUAUUUUACCAACAAAUUUAGCUAUAUAUAAAUAUGUAUGUAUGUAUCAAUUUAGAGGGACAAAUGACAAUUCAUAAAGUUGUUUUUUAAAUGACAAAAAAAAAAAAAAAUGAUGGAAGUCUGUUUUUGUUUUUCCACAAAUGAAAAAAGAUGGCAAAAGAUUUAAAUUCUAUCUAUACAUGAAGAGGAGCUUUUGGGUGGGUCUUGCUCAAUUAUGAUUUAGCAGUCUUUAGAGAAUUGGAAUACUGUGAGGUGUGUCUGCUUUUGUGUGAAAGAGAGUGUGUGUGUGUAUUAGAAAAUCAGUUGUGUUAUUUAUGUCUUAUGUGUGGUACAGAACACUGGCUUUCCACUCUCACUUUUAUUCUCGUCUGUGAUUUGCCUGAGGAUGCGCACUGACAUGGCGUGUGAUUGGUUUGGAGGGGCAGUGGAAUGUUCUUAUUAAAUGUGCUGUUUUCUAAGGUUGUUUUUUUUUUUUUUUCCUCUAUCCAUCCACUCAGUUUAUCUGCUGCAACCUUUAUUCUUCAGUUUUCUUACGCUACUUGUCAUGUUUCCCAAUCUUUUUACCAUUUGCAAAAAUGAAACAAGAGUUUUGGAUCGGUUAUCUCUCUUAUUAGUUGAAUAUGAUUUCUAAAUUCAUAGCCAAAUCUUGCAGAUUGAAGCCACUGACUGUGUAAACAAAGCAGAACAUUUAUAAAGAUGUGGGAUUAAACUAUCACCACUUUGCUCAUUAAACACUUAGGGCACUAUAGCGUCAUUUAUUAUUAUCAGGUGGCUUUCUAGACACAGAUAAAAGCACGGUCUUGGCCUUAAGUCAUGCAUUUUUUUAAGGCCAGACUGAGGUUUCAUCUUUGCUACAAAGUUACAUUUUCUAGGCUGUACUCUUGAGUUAAGCUCCCAUUUUUUGUUUUUUCAUUUUGAUAAUUAUUUGGUUUCAUAUGCCUUAAGAUUCAGUAACUGGGGUUUGAGGGGGAGUGUGCACACAUGCCUGUUUAAAGUAGACUGAGGUUACAUUGUAGCGUUUCUGUUUCUUUCAAAAGGGAAGCACAUAGAUUUUGCUGGGCAAAAGGGAGGGCAAAACACAGACACAGCUGAUGCUGCGUGGGGAGAAUGCUUGUAGAAUUGAAGUAUUAAGUACCUUCCCUCUACAUUUUUGUCUUGCAUGUCAAUGCAUCCCUUGGUCUUUUAGCAAAUGGUUUACAUCUCUUUUCCUUUUAUCUGUUGUUUUGCUCUCUCACUGCCCUCUCUAUACAUUUAGCUUUUUUUUUUUUUUCAAAAAUGACCCUUUAGCACACCCACUCUCACAACCUCCAUAAGGCUGUUAUAACCAUUCAUGGCUAUGUGCGUUACUUUAUAUUGAAUGAUUGAGAUCUAUCUUAUGAUCUAGAGGGGGUGUGUGUGUGUGUGUGUGUGUGUGUGUGUGUGUGUGUGUGUGUGUGUGUGUGUGUGUGUGUGUGUGUGUGUGUGUGUGUGUGUGUGUGUGUGUGUGUGUGUGUGUGUGUGUGUGUGUGUGUGUGUGUGUGUGAUCAUAUUAUGCCAUGCAUUGUUAACAUUAUGAAUGGAUAUAACUGCCUCUGUCACACUAUGCAGGCUCUAUGACUGGUGUAGAGAGUGUUAGUCUCAGAGCCUGCAGUGUCUUGAUGAGAGAUGCCUUUAAACCAUUCUCCAGUGUUGUCUGCUUUAGUGUCAUAAGUCGAUGACCACCUCAGAAUUUUGACUUCUUUAUCUCUUUGCAAACAAAUGUGCAUUACCUUACCUAACAAUUGUCAUUCGGUGUUAUAGGAUUUUUAUUUUUCCCUGCUUGGUACAAUAGCAGUUACCUCAGUUUUACUAUUUGUUUUUUCCCUAUUCUUUUGCGAAACCAAUAAGAGAGCUUAUGAAUUCUCUGGCUUUUGUUAAUUGGUUGUUUUAAUUCUACCAUUAAAAAUACAAUUGUAUCAUUUAACAUGUUGUAGUUUUGUAUGUAUAAUAUCUGUAACCAAAAUCAUUUUAAGGCUUGAUAUACAUUUUUUAACAGACUUUUUUUUUUUUUUUUUUUUUUGAGCGAUAAUCCUAGUAAUGCUUUACUAAGUAGUGUAAAUGUUUUUUUGUUUUUUUUCUUUGUCUCUGACCCCUAUUCCCAGUCUAUUGGAUUUCAAAGGGUGGCUCAGUAAUAAAUGUAUAAUGUUCUCUUCCA